GGGGCCGAUUUGUUUUUCAUUUUUGUGUUUAAUUUUUUGCUGGUUCGUAUCUUUUUGAAAUAUUUUAUUAUUUUCCGAUGAUUAUUUGUCAUUCCAGAAAAUUUAAAACUAAAAAGAAUGUGUCCACGUAGGAACAUCGGAACAAGAAUAUGCAACAAACAUAGAAGAGAGAAGAGAGAGAAAGAGAGAGAGAGAGAGAGAGUGUGUGUGUGUUUUGUGUUGUGUGAGAUCCAAACUUGCUUUCCUGGUUAUGGCCACCGUGUGUUAUCGCUGCUUAAUUCUCGCCAUUUCGCCAAUGUUGGUUUUCGGACGCAGAAAUUGAACCUUCCUGCGAUUGCUGUUUUUGUGGUUUUCAACUUGGUCUGAAAGACUCAUCAGUUUGUCAUAGAUACUCUUGGCCCUUGUAAAUAACUCAGGAUUGGUUGGUUUAUGUGUAUGCAGCAGGAUAAACUUGGAAAAGAUGGGAUUCUAUGUUUUCCCGCAAACAGGUGUAUUCAUUGAUUCCUGUUUUAAUUGCUCGAAUGUGUGUUUCUCUUCCCUUUGGUGGUAAAAGUGUGUACAGGAUUUCUUGCUACUGUUCAGUAUCCUCAAAUAUAUCUUCUUGUUUUUCUGGCUAUAGUUGAUCUGGUAUUUGGUCGUUUAUAACUGAGAACUUGGGUGUCAGUAAGAAGGAGAAAUCAGACAUGAAUUUGUGGGUUAAUUGGUGUUUACACUUUUGGCCUUAUUACUAUAUCAUCACUGUGAAAAGAAUUUUCAGCUUGAGCAGCUGAGAAAAUGGCACUAAAUAAGACAGGAAACUUGUUAGGUACCAACACUGGUAAGGACCCUAGUGUGUUUCCUCAACACGCCCAGCCAGAAUUAUCCAGUGUUGUUUCAAAUACAGGACGUCAUGUACAUAAUAAUAUUGCUAUACAGACCGGAGAAGAAUUUUCUGUGAAUGUUGGUCUUGAUGGAAUUGCUGCUGGAAGGGUUCCUGUUUCACUUGAUAUAUCUCGAAGUUGCGAGAAUGUGUUUGGGUUGAAUAAGGAGAAUGGCCAUGUGAGAUAUGAAGAUCUUACUAAUAUUUUGGGAUUGAGGAGAAUGGACUCUGAGAAUUCUUCUGACAUUUCUGACUUCAUCUCAAUAAAACAGCCAGCACAGGAGACGGAAAACAGAGCUUCUGUAAACAGUUUAAGCAAAAUUCAAAAGGGAGAUGGUAUGCUGGGGAAAGAACCUGUUGGUGACCAGUCUGGUCUCAUCGUGUCACCCCGUCGCAGAUACGAAGCUUCUCUGUCCAAUGAAUUUUCUGGUUCAGGAAUUUUUGAUGAUUUCCUGUCUGGGAAAAUGAAGUUUCUAUGCAGCUUUGGGGGCAAAAUAUUACCGAGACCCAGUGAUGGGAAACUCAGGUAUGUAGGCGGAGAGACCCACAUUAUAUCUAUCCGAAAAGAUAUUUCAUGGCAACAACUUAUGAAGAAGACCUUGGGUAUUUGCAAUCAACCUCACACAAUCAAGUACCAGCUUCCAGGGGAGGAUCUUGAUGCUCUGAUAUCUGUUUCCUCUGAUGAAGAUCUUCAAAAUAUGAAGGAGGAAUACCAUGGGCUUGAAAGUCAUGAAGGUUCUCAAAAACUUAGACUAUUUUUGGUUCCUUUGGUGGAAUCUGAAGAGACAUCAUCAAAAGAGGUGAGCGCGGUUCAGCAGAGUGAUCCUGAUUACCAAUAUGUUGUUGCGGUAAAUGGCAUAGGUGACCCUAAUAGGACAAACAUCGGUGGGCAAAGUUUGGCGAAUGAAGCCAUUCCAAUGGGGACAGAUUUGAAUUUGACUCCAGCUUUUCAAAAAACUCCCAAUGCCUCUUCUCCUUUUGAGAUCAGGGAUGGUAUUAAUGCUUUAAACCCAGAUGGGAUUUUGAAUGAUUCCCUGAAUUUGCAAAGAUCUUUGCCAAUUCCUCCAACUCCAAUUCAGGUAACAAGUUCUAGCACAGGUUAUAUACAAUUGCUCAGCAACAACUCAUGCCAGGGAAGUAUUGAGAGCAAUGCAUCAUUUACUACUGCUCAGCUACAUCCUGAGUACUCCAUAAGAAUUGCUGAUUGCAGAUUCCCUCAACAAGUGGCUGCUACUUUGUCAAGUGACACUCAUACCUAUCAGCAUGUUGAUGUUGAUCAGCCCAAGAAGCUCAAUGGAGGGCAUGUGGAUUACAAUCCUGGCAAGGAAUUAGUGACUCCUGUAUAUGUUAAUCCAAGCGACGGUUACAGUCAUGAAGUGUUCGGUGGAAGGUCCUUGCAAAAGGAAAGAAGAGUAUGCUCUGGAAAUCCUCUUACAUGCUUGGAUGAUCCAUUUUAUCAACAGGAUGAAUCUUAUGGAAUUAAUGACUCCCCUCAUGGGAUGCUCCAUGCCUUUUCUGAUCCACAGUUGCACGUGAGUGGAGCAAAGUCUGGUUACUGCUCACAAAAUGUAACUAGUCAAACGUUUUCCCUGAACCUUGAAAAGGCUCGAUUAUCUUCAAUUAUACUCCCUAGUGUCUCACAAGUGAACCUUACGGAGCAUCAGCAUGAUUCCAUUGUCCAUCUUCCUCAAAUACAAAGUAAGAUGCCAAAAGUUGAGUCAGCUGAGCUGCACAAAAGGCAAGAUUCAGCAUCUUCUCCAUACUAUGAAUCAUUGGGAAUGAAUGAUCCUGUUCAUAAGGAUAGCAUUUUACCUGAAAAAAUAAACCUUAUUGCUCAAACUGACUUGAAUGGAGCCAGCUAUGUUGCAAAGGAUAUUCAGGGAAAUUCUGUGAAAUUAGAAAGGAUGAAGAUAAUUGAAGAAAGUAAUCCAAUUUCCAAAGAUAGCAAGGUUCAUGAGGGGAAAUCAACUGUUGUUGAUAUGGGAGAAGUGACUAAGUUGCAUCUUUUGGAUUACUUCCCUACUAAUAACUUAAAUGCUAAGAUUAAAUUGCAAAAGAAUUGGGAGCUUCCUUCUGAGGGUAUAAUUCCUGCUCCAUCUGGCAUGAUGGGCCCCUCUCUAAAUUGUCUUGUGGAAAAGACCCCGUCUGAUCUUGACAUGAGCCAAAGGACUAGUGAUCACAAAAGAUGUGCUUUGCCUGAAGGUCUGAAUGGUGAACAAUGGAUUGAUUUUUCAUCGACUGGAAAUUUUGAUUUAAAUGUUCCAUUUUUAAACUGUGACGUAGGCUCUUGUGACAAAAGUUCUCAAGGGGGUAAUAUGUUCAAGCUGUCCAUUUACCCAGAUUCUCUUAAAGCUGCACAAAUUCAUCCUUCUAAGAAUCAGAUGUCUACUGGUUUUCAAGAAAAUCCAAUAGUAAGCUCUUCAAGUUUGUAUCCUGCUGCAUUUGGUGAUGAUCUCGGUCCAAGUCUAAACAUGCCUAUGAACGGCCUGGAUAAUUCAAGCAAUAUGAUGUCUUUUACAAAGGCACCAUCUUUUUUUGAUAACUUGAUUACCAGGACUGGUCAAAUGGUUGAUCAGUUUAUCCCUGAACACUCUUCCUCUGGAAUGUCCAAAGUUGAAGCUAAAAUUUCAGAACAAUCAAAGAAUUUAGAUAGGGUGAAUGAUGUCAAUCGAAUGGAUCCAUUUUUCAAUGUAGAAGACAUGACUGGUGUUGAUCGUCCAUAUAUUUCAGAUGAUGUUGGAAUUGGUGUUGUAUCCCCAUGUCAUAGCAUCGUCCCUGAGUCUGAACCUGAGGAUUUUAAUGAUGAUCAAACAGACAAAAGUGAAUUCCUUUCUGAUGCAAUGAUAGCAGAAAUGGAAGCUAGCAUUUAUGGUUUACAGAUAAUAAGGAAUGCUGAUCUUGAAGAACUUACAGAGUUAGGAUCUGGUACUUAUGGAACUGUUUAUCAUGGAAAAUGGCGGGGAACAGAUGUUGCUAUAAAGAGAAUUAAAAAGAGCUGCUUUGCAGGGAGGUCUUCUGAGCAAGAACGGUUGGCAAAAGAUUUCUGGAGAGAGGCACAAAUCCUCUCAAAUCUUCAUCAUCCCAAUGUGGUAGCAUUUUAUGGAAUAGUACCAGAUGGGACCGGUGGAACCUUAGCAACUGUAACAGAGUAUAUGGUCAAUGGUUCCCUUAGGCACGUCCUUGUAAAGAACAAAAGAUUACUAGAUCGUCGUAAAAAACUAAUAAUUGCCAUGGAUGCUGCUUUUGGUAUGGAAUAUUUGCACUCAAAAAAUAUUGUCCAUUUUGAUUUGAAAUGUGACAACUUGCUUGUCAAUCUAAGGGAUCCACAACGACCCAUAUGCAAGGUUGGAGAUUUUGGAUUAUCAAGGAUUAAACGUAAUACCCUAGUAUCUGGAGGCGUGCGGGGAACCCUUCCGUGGAUGGCACCGGAAUUGUUGAAUGGGAAUAGCAGCCGGGUUUCUGAAAAGGUUGACGUUUUCUCAUUUGGCAUCUCAAUGUGGGAGUUACUAACAGGGGAGGAACCUUAUGCAGAUAUGCAUUGUGGUGCCAUUAUUGGGGGUAUUUUAAAGAACACUCUUAGACCUCCAGUGCCCGAUCGAUGUGAUUCUGAAUGGAGGAAACUUAUGGAAGAGUGUUGGUCACUGGAUCCCGAAAACCGACCAUCGUUCACAGAGAUAACUAGCAGGUUAAGACAUAUGUCUAUGGCCUUUCAAGCUAAAGGGAAUUAUCAUGCACAUCAGUAUAGACCUAGUGGUGCUCCCUGAAGAAAAAAACACACAUUUUCUACAGUUGUUUGAUUGGUAUAUAGAAUUUUCAUUGUACAGUUGUGUCUUUAAAGAAGCAGUCAAGAUUUGGGUUGACGUGCUUUCAGGGCUAUCACAGCACUUACCUAUUGUUUCUUGUGAUUUCUCUUAGCUAUGAUAUCUUCAUUUGUUUAUUCUUUCUUGUAAAAGAUGAGGUUGAGAUCAUAUAGUAGUUGCUUAGAUCUAUCAAUUUUUGUACUUGGUGCAUGAUUGAACAUUUUGCCAGAAGAUAUAUAUAAAAAUAGGAAAGAAAGGGUAUCUUAGUGUUUGUAUACAACAGACUACAGUACUUGUAAUAUUUGUUUUGAUUGAUGUGAG